AUGUCAACAACAGAAAAUAAUACGUCAGAAUAUAUCGAUGUCGGUGCAGUUUACACUGCUCCUGGCCACGAUCCACCUUUAGGACCUACUCGAAUCGAAAUUCGUUCGGGUCGCAUUGUCUCACUUUGUCCGUUGUCUGUCGAAGACAUGCAACCGAAUGUCAGACAUCUUCUUGCUCUACCUGCUAUUUCUAAUGCUCACGAUCAUGGUGUAGGUCUACCUACGCUUUCAUUUGAUGCGCCUGAUGAGACACUUGAAACCUGGUUACCUGCUCUUUCUUAUAAGCCUCGCACAGAUCCAUACGUGCUUGCUACGGUGGCAUUCGCACGCAUGGUCGAGAGUGGUAUAUGUGCCACGAAUCAUUGCCAUAAUCCUUUUAGCACUGGGAAUCUAUUCGAUGAAGCCGAAGCUGUAUCACGUGCUGCUCGUAAUGUUGGUAUUCGUGUGGCUUUUGCUGUACCGUUCAUUGAACAAAACUUAUAUGUUUAUGGAAACAUCAAAGAACUACUCACGUUUCUUCCAUCCGAAGAUCAUGCGAUGAUAUUAAAUUGGUCGACGAAAUUGAAAGCUAUGAUAAGUGAAACAAUGGCAUUGUUCGAUAAAAUCACUUCACUAGAGCAUGAAUUUUUUCGCGUACAAUUCGGCCCAGUCGGCCCUGAAUGGCUCUCUGAUGAAACAUUGGCCUUCAUAGCUAAACGCUCGGCUGAGAGCAGUCGUCGAAUGCAUAUGCAUCUACUUGAAACAAAGUGGCAACGUGAAUCGGCUGAUGUUCAGUACUCACAAAGAGGCUUGCUUGCUCAUCUCGACAAACUUGGCUUGCUCUCACCACGUCUAACCAUCGCCCAUGGUGUUUAUCUAACAGAAGAGGAGUGCACUCUUUUGGCUGAGCGUCAGGUCAUUGUAUCUGUUAAUACUUCGUCAAAUCUUCGGCUUCGCUCAGGUUUAGCUCCGGUUCGUCUUUUUCGGCAUAAAAAUCUUCAAUUUGGUUUAGGCUUAGAUGGAAUGAGCUUUGAUGAUGAUAGCGACAUGCUCAAAGAACUUCGGCUAUUUUGGCAUCUACAACGAGGAUUUGGAGGAGAGCGAGUGCUCAAUGAAGCCGAUCUUUUCGAAGCAGCCUGCGUCACAGGAAGAAAGACAAUCAUCGAUGAUGGUGGAGGUCGAUUGGAAGUCGGUGCUCCGGCCGAUUUCAUUAUACUUGAUGUGCGUCGAAUGAUGCAUGAUCGUGUACGAUCGUCACCACCGAAAAAUAUGCUGUCAUUAUUAUUGAGUCGAAUGAGCAAGAAAGACAUAGUGAGAGUUAUUGUUGCUGGACGCACGAUCGUAAAUGAAGGCAAGUGUAUAACUGUCGACCUGCCAGAACUCAAUGAGCGACUCAUAGCAGAGGCUCGCAUUAAUGGAUCGUCUGAAGAUGAUAAUGGACAAAUUGAAAGAAUACGAACAGCAGUAGAAAAAUUCUAUUGCUGUGGAUUUCAUCGUGUCAAAACAGAAAAAUGA